GAAGUAUCUGGUUUUGAAUCUUACAGGACGCGACAACGUACACUGUAGAAAUGGCGAAAAUCGAAUGUUCACGUAUAUUCUGGAAGCAAUGGUUUCGAAGUAAUCUGCUUCCUGAUGCUGACGCUAGUUGGCGUCUUGGUUGGAUUCAUUCUCAUACCAAUUAUCAAGCCCCUCAAUCCAUCAGACGAUGUCGUUAUGUGGAUUGGUCUGCCGGGAGAGCUGUUUAUGAGAGGGCUAUAUUGCAUGGUGAUCCCAGUGCUAACGGCAAGUGUCAUAACAGCCACUGCGUCUGUCGACCCGAAAACCAAUGGUAAAAUGAGUGGCUAUAGUAUUGUGUAUAUGGUAACCAUGGUGUUCUUUGGCGUAGUGGUUGGCACUGUGUUGACGAUCUCAAUAAAACCCGGUAGAAUUGCUAUCGGUAAUGACGAUGAUGAUUUCACGGCGGCACAUUACGAGACACAGGACGUUAUCGCCGACUUACUAAGAAAUCUGAUUCCAGAUAACCUCGUGAAAGCCUGCAUUAAAACGGUUUACACUGAUUACGUGUUUGAAGAGAUUCCCACGGACAAUCAGACCAACAUGACGGGUAACAGUACGUACAGCGUGGAGCUGACCACUACAUCGGAUGGCGGCAAUUCUACGACAUCUACUAGUUCACCAGCCAGUCAACCGGAAUUCCGCGUCGAGUCGAAAUCGCUAGCAUACGGUGACGGGACAAACUUACUGGGGUUGUUGGUUUUCUCCGCUGUAUUCGGUAUAACAAUGUGUUUCGAGAGGGCGCUCACACUACCAAUGUAUAACUUCAUGGUGGCACUGCGACUGAUCUCAAUCAGAAUUCUGUCUGCAUAUAUAUGGUUGUUGCCGAUUGGUACAGCGAGUCUGAUAUGCAAAUCGAUGCUGAAAGUCGACAAUAUCAUCGCUGUGUGGAAAUCACUGGGGUUGUUCUCUGCUGACGUCAUUGUUGGUCUCGGUAUCCAUGGCUUGAUUACGUUACCUCUGACGUACUUCAUAGUAACGCGAAAGAACCCUUACUUGUACAUGUUGCGAUCGUUGAGGGCGAUCGUCAUGGCGUCGAUUACUAAGACAAAUACCGCUAAUAUGCCCGAAAUAUUCCAGUGCUGUAUUGUAAAUAACAAAGUGAAUAAGAAAGUUGUAAACUACGUUGUGUCCAUGAUGGUUGCUAUGAAGAGCGAUGGGUCAGCGGUGUUCAUUAUCAGUGGUUCCCUGUAUCUAGCACAGACAUCUGGUAUGGCCUUGAAUGCAGGCCAUAUAAUAACCAUGGCAAUUGUUGCCUGGGUGAUGGGUUUAUGUUUACCCGCAGUUCCGAGUGCCAGUCUCGUUUCCAUAGUAACAGUUUGUAGUUCCGUUGGCGUCCCGACGGAUAAUAUUGGUCUGUUGGUUUCCAUGGAGUGGCUACUCGACGCACUUCGCACAUCCGUCAAUUGCAUUAGUCACUGCCAAGCAGCAGGAUUGGUCGAAUCUUUAUUGGGAGAUGACGUCACCAACGAACCGAUUAAAAAUGAAGAGGAUGUCACAAACAAGAACAAGACAAUUAAGAAUGGAGCCAAUGACCAGACACACUCAAAUGAAGAAUUGAGUACAUUCAUAUGAAAUGGUCUUACUCAUGACAUUCGGUGGAAUUGUGAAUAUUCUAAUAAUUAGGACAGAUUAUUGAUUUCAUUUUGAGGCCCAAUCUUCAUUUGAUGUCCUCAGUUCUAGACCCCGGAAGUAAUUUAUUUCAUUGCCGCUAGGAGGAAAGAAAUAACACUCGCACAACUGGCAAUGACGAGUCGACCAAGUUUUAAUUUCAAUUAAUAAACUAAUAGUCUAGCACGUUGAAAGUACCGUCGUGAUGGUAGUCACUGAGGUUCCAAGUCGCUUAUAAACAUAUAUAACAUAUUACGAAGACAAUAAAAUAAAAAUAAAGAUGA